GUGCUGCAUGCAGGGGAGCUAAUUGAGUUUGGGCCCUGCUGGCGUACUGCAUGUGCACUGGAAUCAUUUAUCCAACAUUAAGCUCCAGUUGAGCUUUUCAGGAUGGGACACUUGUUGCUGCAUGAUGGGAAGUGAAGACUCACUGUGUAGUUUCUCCUCAUUAAGUUAAAUGUGGCGACUAAUGGGUCUGAUUGUUUCCACUGUAUAAAAUCGUUCCACUUAAUUUUUUUUUUUUACACUAAAUCACUUUUUGUUCUUGCUGUGGUCGCAGUGCAGUGCACUCUUUCCUACUGUAAGCUGGAAGCCUAAAAGUCUCAGUGUGUGUGUGUGUGUGUGGGGCUCCUCUGUGCGCAUGCUCUACCUCAGCUCAGAGGAGCAGCUAAUGCAGUUACAUAACACUCAGUGCAGCCGGCGUCUGCUGUGAGCCAAAUGCCAGGCCAGUCUGGUUACAUAAGCCCGUCAGAGUCAUAUUGUAGCAGGACGACGGAGCGCUCGCACCACAGCCAGGCUUCACACUGACUCACAGCAUCUCCUGCUCCGUCUCUCACUUUCUCCUGCUCUGUCUCCUUCCUCCCUCUUCCUCCUCUCUCUCCACUCUUCGCACUGUUGUCAGGAAACAAAGGAAAGCGCAGAUGCACAGACAGCACAGGGCGAGACUAACUGAAUGUGAUUUAAUCGACAUCCCUUUCUCUUCCACCGGACACCGGGCUUUGCUGAUUGUGUUGCUGUCCUUAGAGCAGCUUUAUACCUGUCUGAGCUUUCUGUGCGUUGUGACGGGAUGGGAUCAAACAUUUCACCUGAGCUGUGAUGGCCUUUGAAGCACCGUUUGAUCUCCAGAGCAGCAAAGAGCCACCGCUACAGUAAAGCCAGGUCUGCUGCACCUCUGUGACCUUUACUGUACGUGACACCCGCAUCACACCCCCUCUAUGCAGAGGGACUCAUCGUUUCAGCAGGAUUCCGCUCUGAGGGCACUGAUCUGCAAAGCGCUGCCUUUGGGAGAAGUUAAUUGAUCCGAGGCCUCAGCUCCCGACCUCCACCGCGUGCUGCUCCGUCAGCAUCACUUUAUUCACUGUUGCCGUAAACAGCCGAGGUGUGUAGUAAAGGUAUGUGCCGGUGAAACCCCACGUGCCGCUGCUCAGACCAGGUGCAGCAGGAUUACACACGUCUGCCCGCAAAACCUCGCACCCUCGCUCAGGCGACCGCACGAGUUGCCUGGCUAAUUAGAAUUAACAGCAUUAAACGGGAGCCGCCGCUCGCAGCCAAUCGCGGCGUCCAGCACCUCCUGGAAAGUCAUGAGGACGCCAGCCCACUGGCGGAGGCUGCGAGGGGGCGGCGCCCGCCGAAGGACCGCCGCGCGGGGAGGUGCGGAGCCGCCGAGUGUGUCUUGCGUAGGGCGAGAUGUUGUUUUGUUGUGACGAUCAGCUGAAUGUGGCAUCGUUGUCCGGUCUGACACAGCAGCGGGAAGCACCACGAGCCCACUCGGCUCUCCCUCCGCAGGAACCCGGGCGCGGAGAGCGGCCGGAUCCGAAGCAUCACAAUCCAGGAAAUGCGCACUGGUGGCCCUUUCGCGACGGGAUCAACGUCUGCAGCGCCCGAACCCCGGCAAGCUGUGCCUGUGAAGCGUCUCUGAGGGGGAAGACCAGACUGCUCUGUCAGACCCAGUUGUGAAACUUAAAGAUCAACACUAAGCAGCUAAAACCUUGAGAAGUCUGUUAGAAUGGCCGAGCCUGGACAGAAUCGGAGCUGCUUUGAACGGCAAAAUGGUUCAUGUUUACCUGCAUCCGAGCGGUUUCAGGGCCUCUUUUAACGAUGCCUCAUUUUGUCCUCUUCAAUAACUCUUGGCCCACACUCUCAACGGCCCUCUGUUUUCAUUUACUAGUCAGUCUGUGGAUGUUUCCUCGUCUCUGACCUCUCCGCUGCCAUGCGGUUAGCCCCAUGAGGCUCAGAGAGCCCUUCCACGUGUGUCUGUGAGGCCUCCUCCACACUCUAUGGAGGCUGAGCCCAGCCGUCCGGCCGAUGCAGAGCGCUCUGGAAGGCAAGAGCAGCGGCACGAGACCGCUGAAUCCUCACUACCAUCCUGUCCACCCCAGCAGCCUUCUAACCCUCGUCCUGUGCACAGAGCCUUGGGUCGCCUGCAGAAUCGCCAGCCUAGACGCACUGACCUACUGCUGCGGUUACAGCAGCAGCAAGCAUGGCAACAAUCAGAAAGCCCCGGUCCCUCAGGAGGCACCUUCUUCUCUCCUUCUUCAGGAGCCCCAUCUCUUCCUUCUACGUCCUCUACCCAGGGUGAGUCUGGCCAUGGGAUCCAAUCUCAGGCCAGUCAGGAGGGGCUAGAAGGGUUGGGCUCAGCAAGAAGAGGCGAGAAGAAACCUCAAAAACCGGGGAAAUAUGUAUGCACUUACUGUGGCCGUCCAUGUGCCAAGCCAAGUGUUCUCCAGAAACACAUUCGCUCCCAUACAGGAGAGAGACCCUACCCUUGUGUUCCUUGUGGCUUUUCCUUCAAGACAAAGAGCAAUCUAUACAAGCAUCGCAAGUCCCACGCACACCGCAUCAAAGCGGAACUGGCGUCUAGUCGUGAUAAGCCCAGCUUGAGUGGACCAGAGGGCACUGCUGUUGGCGAAGACCAGGAGGAACAUACAGAAGGAGAAAGCACUGAGUCCGAAGAAGAGACGGGCCAACGCAGGAAAUCGAAGGAGAUACUGAGCCAGCUGAAGAAAGGUGGUAAAGAGGUGCUGGGAGGCUCAGAGGAGAGCCAGAGGACUGAAGACUCCCAGGCUGUUAAGCAAAGACUGGCACUGAGGCUCAGGAAGCGUGGCCCCAUGGCUUCUCCAGAUGAACCUCGCUCCUCCCUUUCCACCUCCUCUUCCUCUCUAGGGCCUGGCAGCAAGGGAAGCACAGAAUCUGGCUACUUCUCCGGAGGUAGUACUGACAUGUCCCAAGUCAGCCCCCCCACUGCCAGUGCCAAAUCCUAUGCGGAAAUUAUUCUAGGGAAAUAUGGGAGGCUGGGGGGGCAGCAGCGCAGUCCCCAUCAGCAGCAGCCUCACUCCUCGCUUUCCCCAUCACCAGGAACCGAGGAGAAGAGCGUUCCCUUCACCGUCCCCAAGACCCAAGUGAUAGAACACAUUACAAAACUCAUUACCAUCAAUGAAGCUGUGGUAGACACUAGCGAAAUUGACAGCGUGAAACCCCGUCGCUCCUCUGUGUCUCGGAAGAGCAGCAUGGAGUCACUGAAAUUUACCACCCCUAAAGAUAUAAGUGAGGCCCCUGGUCCCAGUGGUGUGAGGCACUUUCAUCAUCCUGAGUCAGAUCCGCUAGGUCCCCAGGAGCCGUCAUCCAUUCCUCUGCUUAGACGCCACUCAAUGCCAUCAUCUACCUGCCAAGACGAACCCUCCACCUCUGGGACAAUGUCUCCCAGAGGUUUCCGCCUCUGCCAGUCAUUUGAUGAGCAGCAAGCCGUGGCAGCAGAGAUGAGAGCUGGCCAUGUCCAGCGUAUGUUGAGGCGACAGCCUGCCAUCGAGGUUCCCCUGGGAGCUGAGUUAAUGCUGGAGGAGUCCGGUCCAACCUCUCCAUCAUCAGCCAGAAUCGGUGAACUAUCCGGGCCGCCGCUGCAGCAGCAGCAACAGCACAAGGGCCCCGGCAUGUUUGACUGCGAAGGAUGUGGCGCUCACUUCCAGACGGCUGAAAGCUGCAAGGCUCAUAGAGGAACCUGUCCAGGUCCGCAAACCCUGGAACAAGAGAGUGGAGACACGAGUAAAACAUGCAGGGAGGAUCGCCCCCAGAUGAUGAUGCACUAUAAGUUCAGAGCGCUGGCCAUGGCUGUGAGGAAGAGGAGGAAAGAGGAGAGCCUGGAGGAAGACCCGACCAGCCCUGGUCCUGGAACCAUGUCGGACGUUUCUGCAGGUCUCCUUCCAGUGCAAAGUGGACAAGAGCACAGCCAGGCUCACUCAGGUGUUUCUUCACAGAAUGAGCCCAAACAGCAACAGCAGGACAGGAAGGGCGUGUCUGUCAUCCAACACACAAGCUCUUUUGAGAAGCAGGAGAGUAUAUCCAUGGAAAGUCAGGAACCAGACCUCAGAGAGAGUAAACAAACACAAGAGCCCAAGCCAAAACCAUCACCCUCGACAUCUCGCCUCAUCCGCCAGCCAAACAUCCAAGUGCCAGAGAUCCUUGUUACUGUGGAGCCUGAUGCUGACAUGCCAUCUGUGUCACCACCAGUGACAGCAUUCUCUUCCAAGGAGACAGAGAGGAUAGAGGAGUUCCAAUGGCCUCAGCGUAGCCAGACUCUGGCCCAGCUCCCUGCAGAGAAGCUGCCACCAAAGAAGAAGAGACUCCGCUUGGCGGAAGCCGCCCAGUCCUCAGGGGAGUCCAGCUUUGAGUCCGUGUCUCUGCCUCGCAGCCCCAGUCAAGAGAGCAACAUCUCCCACGCUUCGAGCCUUUCUGCUUCUUUCGAGGACACUUCGAGAUCAGAGGCUGCCGUCUGGGCUGCCAGUAGCCAAAGGUCCCAGAUGUUGAUGGUGCCGUCUGCUUCACACCAACACCACCAAAGCCACAAGGAGAUGAGGCGCUCGGCCUCAGAGCAGACUCCAGCCAGUCGACAGCAAACCGAGCAGACCUCAGAGACAAGAAGUAAGUCCUUUGACUACGGGUCUCUGUCUCCGCAGCAGCCUUCGUCCUCUUGGAAAGAAAGAAGGAAGUGUCUUCUCGUGAAGCAUGACACCUUAGGGGAACCUGAGCAGGAGGAGGGGACCAGCAUGAGCUUUACCAGAGAGAGCCCAAAGCCUGGGCCUUCACACUCCAUCCAGCCUCCCCUCUACUCUACUGAAGCAACCGCCCGCUUCAGCCCAGAAACAACAGGAAAAGCCCUGCAGCUUUUACAGCCUCAAGUCUUUCCACCCUCUCAGGAUCUCCUCCCUGUGCAGCCCAGAGCCCAGCAAGCAGCGCCAUCGCAGCUAGUCCCUGUCACCACGGCCAUCUCUGAAGCACUGUCCACCCAAAUCCUCCACAGAUCUUUUUUCCAUUCACACGCAGCACCUUCACAUGUACAGAUACACCCAGCACAGAUUCCCAUGGCUGAGCGACUGGGUGCACCGCUCCAUCAGCUGCCUGCCCUAGUUCCCUUCCAGAUCUCUGCGAGUACCAGAACUAGUCACUCUAUAUACUUGCCUGUUCCUCCAAGACUUGGCACAAAUGUCCCCUCCCUCCCUACUACAGACAGCAGAGCUCCCAUCUCCUCCAUGCCUUCUGCCCUAACCCAUCAAUCUCUGGUAACUAUCUCUUACCACCACCCACGUCCGGUAAUCGCCACAUGCCUGGCACAGCUUACACCAGCAGCGUCGCUAGUGGUGCCAGUGCGCCUGCAGACACACAUACCCACCUUCGCCAGUGCCAUGUAUACCACCCUGUCUCAGAUCUUGGCUUCCACCCGCUCACAGGAAGCCAUUUCCUGUACACCUAUGGUCAUUAUGGGCCAGGUGGAGCAGGAAAAGCUGCAAAGGUCCUACCUGAAGGUCCCUUGUCCUGACACCAGGAGCCAUCUUCUCCCGCCUCUGUCUGCAGAUUUGGCCUCAGGAUCCGGUGAGGGACAUGGCCCACUGGGGGCUGGAGGAAGUAAACGGAUGCUUUCUCCUGCAGCCAGUCUAGAACUCAGCACAGAGGCCCAGCGGCACCAGAAGAGAGUCAAAGAGGAAGAGGAGGGAGAGCAACACAAGGCAGAGGAGAAGGAGGAGGAUGUGGACCAAAAGGCGAGAGAGGAAGGAAAAGAUGGCGUCACUGGGGAGAAACUGGAAGAGGGAAAGAAGGAACAACCAGAGAGGGCUGAGGCGACAAUUGUGAAACUGGAGGCAGAGCAGGUGCACGACCCAGGGAAACGUAACAGGGAGGAAAAGGAGGGGACGAAGGGGUUGACUGAGAAGACAUGUCAAAAAAGGGAAGAGGUUCCGGCCGUGGAAGAGAGAGCCAGCAGCCCCUCGUACCCCAGCCUUCACACCUCCACCUCUGUCAACUGGUGCUACCUGAACUAUGUCAAGCCCAACCCGUGUGCCCAGAGGGACCCGCGCACCUCCGUUUAUUCCACCUGGAGCGUCAGUGCUCACAACCCAAAUUUGCCAGGCCUCAGCACUAAGGUGGUCAUGUCGCUGCUGUGCUCCAAACAAAAGCACAGCUCAGAGACCUACACCAUGGCCAAAGCCCCGGCUGUGGCUAAAAGCAACCUGGCCCUUGCCAACAGCAGGACCCCACGUGUGUCAGAGGUACAUGCCACCCCACCCAGCACCCUCCCUGAAGUGAAGGAUCAGCAGCAUGAAAAGGAGGAGACUAAAGAGAAGAGAGAAGAAGGGCCGUCCACCUCCAAGCCGAGCGAGGCGCGCGUUCGCAUCUUUGAAGGCGGAUAUAAGUCCAAUGAGGAGUAUGUUUACGUGCGAGGACGCGGGAGGGGAAAGUACAUAUGUGGAGAGUGCGGCAUCCGCUGUAAGAAGCCCAGCAUGCUGAAGAAGCACAUCCGAACGCACACAGACGUCCGUCCGUUCAUCUGCAAGCACUGCAACUUUGCCUUCAAAACCAAAGGAAACCUUACUAAACACAUGAAAUCGAAAGCGCAUGGGAAGAAAUGCCAGGCUCUGGGAGUGUGUGAGUCAUCGCUAGAGGAGCCGGAGAGCGAGGAAACAGCAGGAAGUGAUGAACGUGUGUGUGGCUCCGAGGAACAGGAGGAACAUCAGUUUUCCAAUGUGGAGGAGUCUGAGGACGACGAUGAUAAUGAGGAAGAUGAGGAGGAGGAGGAGGAGGAAGAGGAGUCCACGUCGCACGAUGACCCACCGUCCUCCUGUUCGUCCGACACCCACCCGUCCGUGGGGGGGCAGUCCAGCUGCAGUAAGCACUCUAAGCAGGGCGCCCACGCCCCCGAGCCCACGGGCCUCGGUCCCGGCCUGUGCCACAAGUGCUCCCCCAGGGGCGUGUGGCCGGGCAGACGCGCUGCCUCCCCGGGCAGCCGGAGGGCGCUGUUCUCCCGGCGCGGCUGGAAAGCGUCGCCCAGAGCCUUUUCCCCCAGCAGCGAGAGCCGCUCGCCCAGCCGUAGCCUCUCCCCCCGCCUGGAGCUGUCCUCGCCCAUCCACAGCCUCUCUCCCAGGACCGAGCUGUCCUCCCCCAGCCGACAUGUCUCGCCCUCGCCGGAAAGAGGGCCGUCUCCCAUCAGGCACCUUUCGCCCCUUCGUCCCGUUUCGCCCAGCUGUUACUGGUACUCGCAGGCUCGGACCCCUCCAUUGCCACUCGGGUUGCAGCCGAGGCCCGCAGGGUACCUGCCGUGGGAAAGCCCCGAUGCAAAGGAGAAAGGUGGUGCAGCGGGCGAAGGGCCGACGUUGCCAGAGACCAGCUUGUUUCCGUCUGCCUAUCGUAUUUCCACGUGUGAGGGUUAUCCCAGCCAUCCAGCAGCAGACAACAUCUUCAGCCAUCUUCCCAUGCAUUCCCAGCAGGCCAGGGUCCCCUAUCUCAUGAUCCCCAUUGGAGGAAUCCAAAUGGUGCAAGCCAGACCCAGGUCCCGGCCUACCACCCCCUCGUCCCCCACAUCGCCCCCAUUGGAGGGGUUGUCACUGGCCAGAUUUGAGUCUUACUGGGGCGGGACCCCCAGAACUCAAGGGCUUAGGACUCCUGGAGAUCAGUGGUCAGAGCACGAGGCCGCAGGAACCAGCCAGUCAGGGCGGUGCAGUCGUAGCACAGCGCUAACGUGUUCCAAACUGGAGUUGGGUACUACAGACUCAAAGCAAUAUGGCAGCUUGCACAGCUCCGCUCACGCCUGCAGGCCAGCUACUCAGGCCACCGAUCGGUGCGUCAGGGACAGUCGAUCACGACCCCCCCUGGCGUUAGCGGCUCCCGUGGACUCACGUUUGACGGGAAAGCGGCCGGAGGGGGAGGAGCCACCGUGUGGUGUUGAUCUGGCAGAGGGAGGAGCUGAAGGAGACUCCACCAGACCAGACCAGAGCACUUAACAGUGUCUACAACCCGAUGCUUCACGCAUCCCAUUUUGCUUUAUUGGUUGCUACACUAGUUUUGUUUUUUUAUUGCUUUGUUUUUAUACAGUUUUCAAUACUAUUGUUAACUUAAAUGUUUGUUUCUCGGCAAUAUUCAGGUCUGUUAUAAAAAUGCACUUUUUCUUUGUGAAAAUAAUGAUUCUGUAAAUCUCUAUAUUAUUAAGUAAUAUAUAUAUAUAUAUAUAUAUAUUAUAUGAUAUGCCUGUAUCUCUAUUGAUACUGGUAAUCUUAAUGUCUGUUCAAAUAUAUAUAUAAAAUAAAUAAAUAAAUUUGUAAAUGACCAAAAUCUUUAAACAAAAUAAUUCCAUUUUUGUUUGUCCAAAUUCUUGUCCAGUAUUACUCAAACUGUAGUUACUUGUGCCUUUUCAGUCCAGGUUUGCGUUUUGAGAUGUACAGUAAAGAUAGACAAAGACAAGUCUGUGAAAUUUUUUAUGUUUUCAGUUAUUUUUUUUGUUUUUUGUGUUGUUCAGGAAGGUUAACAUUUGGUGUUUCUUUUCUAAAGGCCAUUUUUAGAGCCAGGUAAAGCAAGAGUUUGUGGAGAUACUGAAGAAACAGAAAGGAAAUGCACUGAAGUUCUAUUUUUUAUUAAAAGAUUUUAGAUUAGAAAUAUAUCUGUACAGAAAGGUGCGCUCCUUAUUUAUUAUUAUUUCUUGACAAUGAUCUUUUCAAAAUUUUGGUAUGGUAAAAAGUUUUUUGUUACAUCUGUGACUCUUUUUUAUUAUGUUGUGAUUUAAAUUGGCGACGACGAUGAGUUGUUUGAGCUGCGUUGGUUUUGGAGGAUUAAGUGCCCUGGAGAUUUCACACACAGCAAACUUUCUAGUAAUUGAAGAAAUAAAAAAUGCACUAGA